ACAAGAGAAGCAUACAUAGCUCAAAAGUCUCAGCCCCUACCGAAAUAAUUCUUUUCAAUCGGUUCCGGUUGUUAACCUCCGCAUCUGUCAUCUUCUCCCUCAAUAUUCUGCAACAAUCAUUCAACGAUCAACCUCAAAACCUCAAUCGUUCUCGAAGAUACACACACACACACACUACUCCAGAUGCCAUAACAGUAAGUUGUUUCUACAUCUUAAUUUCCGCAAUAUCAUACAAAAUUCCAAUUUCACAUUCAUUUCAUUAGAAAACCUCCACUCAAUUGCGAUCCGAACUUUGAUUAUCACACAAAAUCACAAUUCACCUGAUCAAUUCCAUAGAUAUAACCGAUCCAAUCCAAUCAGAUCUUAGAUCCAUCCGUCAAAACAAACCCUAGAUCCAAACCAAACAAACCUAGGGUUAGGGUUAGGGAUACUACACAAACAUGUCCUGUUUAGCUUUAUCUCUCCAACCUACAAACGGAUCCGAUAUCCUCCUCCAAACGCGCGAGUGGUUCCCCCCUGCACGCGCCCUCGUCGCCCUCUCCGCUUUCCGCCAGACUCGCCUCGCUUUCGCCACCGGAAAGAACCAGAAUGCCGAAGACGGCGACACGUCUUUAGGUGACGAUCCGUUAGCUGCUUCCAGCGGCCAGGUUAUCGUCGGUGUUGAGAGCCGGUACCGCGUUGUUUACAGGCUAGUGAAUUCGAUAUACGUGUUGGGGAUUACGACCGUUGAUGAUGAUAGUAUGAACAAUGUGUUUGAGUGUAUUAGUAUUGUUAACCAGGCGGUGAGUGUUGUGGUUACCGCGUGUCGUGGUGUGGAUGUUACGCCGGAGAAGCUCGGAAGGAAGUACGCGGAGAUUUACAUGGCGUUGGAUAUUGUUUUACGGGGAGUUAGUAGUAUCAGACUGGCUGCGAUGCUUGGGUCGUUGCAUGGAGAUAGUAUCGCGAAAAUGGUUCAUUCGGCGACGAGUACGGAGAGUAAGAUUAGGGGAGCGGAGAAUUGGGGGAAUGUGGAUUUUCAGUCUGCGGAGCAUGAGUCGGGUGAGGCGGCGUUUUCGAGUGCGAAUUUUGAGCUGCCUGUUGAGGCGUUGGAGGCUGGUGAUGAGGUGGCGGCUGUUCUUGCUCCGACGGAACAGGGUCCAGCUGUUGAACUGCAGGAUGAGUCAAAACAGGAAGAUGAUCAGGCAGAGAAGGACCCAUUUGCUGCUAGUGAUAAUCUUGAUAAGCCUGUUGAUCUUGUCGGUGGGUUCAAGAAAGAUAAAGAGCAAGCUUCUGAUUUAUCGAUUGUUCUGUCGGGUCUCGAGGUUACUACGUUACCACCGGCUGCAGCCACUGAGUCGACUCAUAUCGGUGUUGAAGGGUUUGAAGGGGAUUACGGUGGCAUAGAGUUUAGUAAAGACGGUUCGACUUUACCUGAAGAUUUCGAAGGGUUAAAUCAAGCAUGGGGUGGCGGUUUAGAUGCAUCAGAGUUUGUUGAUCCGAAGCAAGUAGCAAAACGUGAAGGUCUUGGCGGGCUUGAGUUAUUAGAAACCAGUGACGCCCCAGCCGUUAAACCGGCAGCGGGGCCCGGCACUCCUCUUGAAGACCUCGUAACAAAAAAGCCUGAGAUGAAAGGACCUGAGAUGUAUAUUUCCGAAGUUAUCAAUGCAGAAUUCCGGGAAUCUUUACUUGCUCGUGUCGGGUUAAUGGGCACUGUCUACUUGAAAACUUUACCUCCGAAACCCUCUAACGACACAGAAACCGAAUUCUCUUUCAAGGUUCAAAACACAAACGGUGUCAAAAGAUUUGUUAUGCAUAAUUCCAGUGUAAGCAGUCUCGGAGACCAAAUGUUUCAUGUGAAAACCGCACCAUCCGAUCAACCGAUACCUAUCAUGAAGUACAGUUUCUUACCUCGUGCAACUCCUCUGCCGUUGAGGGUUAGACUAGUCAAACGACAUAGUGGCACUUUACUAUCAGUAAUGAUCCAGUACGUGUCGAACCCUGACUUGCCAGCUCCGUUGACCGAUGUUACGUUCACUCUUAAGCUUCCAGUUGACCCGAGACUGUUAAAAGUGUCACCGAAAGCUGUACUAAACAGGUCGGAGAGAGAACUACAAUGGCACGUUGACGAAAUUCCGUUAAAGGGAAACCCUGUUAGGUUAAGAGCACGGAUGCCUGUUGAUACGAGUGAAGACGACGGUGGUGAUGAACUUGAGGUUGUCGGUUUUGUAAAGUUUUCUUAUCAAGGAACAAAAUCUUUGUCGGGGAUUUCGCUGCAUCCUGUUUCCGAGGGUAAAACGGACUUUUACGAGGUUCCGCAUAGGUAUGAAAGUGGAGUUUAUACAUGUAACUGAUAAAUCCUGUUUGUGUUUACUGCGUGUCGUUCAUGUUUUUUUCUGUUUGGUUGGAGAGUUAUGUGAUUUGAAGUGUUUUUAGUAUUCUUUACCUUUUACUGUAGCUUGUUACUCGGGAUUAUUGGUUUGUAAUGGCAAAGGUUGUUAUUCUGUGCUCUUAGAUGUUUGAUUUGCAAUAGGUGUUUGUUAUGUA